UGUCGAUCUGGCGACGUGACACGUCGUAACGGCUCCUUGACGCAUGGCCGAAGAAGCCGCAGCGCUUGCUUUGGACCUCUCGGAUACGCCGUUGUCUCUCAAUCCAACAGCAUCCUCUACGCCCAACCACGGCGAGACAGGCGACGGCGAUUACCUCGAAGCGCAUGUGCGAGACCCGAAUGCGCCAGCUGCGAUGGACUUGAGGUUUAGCUUUCACUUUGAAGAGAAAGCAUCGGGCCUUGAGGCACCGAUCGACGCCGAGAAGGUGUUGCAGCUGCAGUGGAGCUCGUCCGACGCGCUGCCGCAAGAGGACGCGGGCGCAGACGAGGGCCCGACAAUCGAAAGUGCAGCAGUACUCAAGUACAAGCAAAGCCAGCCGAUUGUAUGCACCGCAAGUGAAGCGCCAGAGCCGACAGAGCACUUGCACGAAUCAACGCUUCAAGUUGAUCCAUCACCGGAGUCUAUAAUGGUGGCAGAGCAGGCGCCUGCGUCAGAGUUCACUCCGAUGCCAGUAUUUACUCCAGCUCCAGAGUCCACGUCCACAUCAGAGCUCUCGCUGAUACCGAAACAUACCCCGACGUCAGAUCCCACAGCCGCAUCGGAGUGCAUGGAGCCGCCGAGUUUGGAGCUGACACCAGCGCACGAGUCAGCACCAGAUCUAGAAGCCUGCACACCUCGCAGCGAAGCUACCGUGCACGCAACACUCGAAGCUCUGGUCCUCGAUGAAGCUGACACCGCUGACGCAAAGAUGGACGCAAGCGAACGACCUGUCGACGAGAAGAAUGCCGACCUUGCUGAUGCGAAGAGCGCUGCGACAAACGGUGACGCCGAGUCGGAUGCAAAAGCCAAACACGAGAAAUCUCCAGCCCCCGCUGCGAAAGAGGCGGUCGAGAACCACCCGAGUAUAAACACGGAGCUCGACGCGGAUGCCAAGACGGCAACGUCCGACUUUCCAGUGCCAGAAGCGGACGAGAAGCCGCUGACGUCAAAGCAGCCAGUGCCAGAAGCAGACGCCAAGGUGGAGAGCGCAAAGCGGACCGACGACAAGUGCGAUGCAAAGACAACGAAAUACGUGCAACCUCGAGCAGCUUCUGCGGCCGAGACGUACUCGGUAGCAAACUUGUACCCUGUCAAGUGGGACGACCCGACAGCGGCUGUUGCUCCGUCACUGCGUCGCGCGAGCACCAAGCCUGCGCCGACAAGCGCAAAGGGCCUUUCUGCUUCGAUGCCAGUGGCCAAGAAACGCAUCACGUCGGCCAACACGCCAACAAGUAGCACCUUGGCCCAGCUGCGCCAGUCGCAGCUGCAGCACGCCACCGAAGUUGCGCGCCUCAAGACACUGCUCGACUGCGUUACACAAGAGCGAGAUUUGGCUCUCGCGCGUGCCCAACGGACGCACGAAACACUCCAAGCCAAGGCAGACAGUCAGGAGCAGCUGCACCUCCAGGCGGCGACCGCGGUUGCCGAACGCGACGCUCUGCAAGUCCACUGCAAGACGCUGCAAGAGGCGAUCCGCAAAGAGCAAGUCGCAGCCGAAGACGCGAGGAAGCGCGCGGCAGCCUACCAAUCCGACGUUCAUCAGCUCAAGGCCAAGUGGAGUGUGUGCCAGGGCCAGGUCGCGGCGCUCGAGGCAGAGAAGACGGCGCUCGCAGCUGCCGCCGAGACGUCCAAGCACGAAGUCUACCGCACGCAAGCAGCCCACGAGAAAGCCAUGACGCGCAUCGCCAAGCUCCAAAAGGAAGUUUCGCUCGCGAGCACCACCCACGCGUCCGAGCGCGCGAGUUGGAAGCGCAAGAUUGAGACGCUGAGCGCCGACGCCAAAGCCACUGCAGCGCGGCUCCAGCACGAAGCGGCGAGCGACAUGCAGCUCAAGCUCCAGAGCGCGACGAUGCUCGGCGAAAAGGCGCGGCGGGAGAAGGACGAGGCGACUGAGACCUUACAUCGGCGCACGCAAGUGCUCGAGGCCAAGCUCGAAACGGAAAAUGAUCGCGUUCGGGUGCUUGAAGCGCAGCUCAAGGCGGCUGCGAUAUCCUCCAAGAAGCACGCGGCAGCGUUGGACCUGCAAAGUGCCAACAAGCGCCUCGAGACGGAACUCCAUGCACUCCGGCGAUUCGUAGCACUUCAACAGAAGCAAGCUCCAUCCCGUGCGGCGACGCCGGCAGCGCCACCCCGUCGCGACCUCGUCAUGAUGAUGCCGCCGGCACCAAUUCGCAUCGGGACAGUCGACACGGCCGUGCAAGCGACAAGUGAAGAGCCGUCGGAAUCAGAGAGCGCUCAAGUAACGGAGCUCCAAGCCGCGCUCGCAAGACUCGAGGACGUGGUCGCGGGCAAAACCGAGCAGCUCACGUCGCUGCGUGCGCUGCACGCGCAGGAGCUGCAGGUGCAAGCGAGAGCCUUCCUCGCGCGACUAGGGUCGACGAGUUAACAUGCACAACGCACAACGUCUCGUGUUGACGUCUCGUGUUGUAGUCGAUCUUCGGUGUACCUCAUGGGUAACGAACGUUAUUGGUGCGGGUGCCACCGCAGCUUGCCACGAUUCUUUCAACACUAUUUUUAAAGAUAAAAUAUAGUGUGUCGAUUUGCGAG